AUCGUCUUCGCGCAGACGUGCCGCCGCGCGCACGACGUCCACGCGCUCCUCGACGCGCUCGGCGCCGACGCGGCGUGCCUCCACUCGAAGCUCGGCAUGCGGCGGCGCCUCGCGGCCCUCGGCAAGUUCGCCCAGCGGUCCUGCGCGAUCCUCGUCGCCACGGACGUCGCGAGCCGCGGCCUCGACCUCCCCGCCGUCGACCUCGUCGUCAACUUCGACAUGCCCCGCGACGCCGACGACUACGUCCACCGCGUCGGCCGCUGCGCGCGCGCAGGCCGCCGCGGCCUCGCCGUCAGCGUCGUCACGCAGCGCGACCUCGGCUGGCUCGCGGCCGUCGAGGCCCGCCUCGGCGCCAAGCUCCCCAAGUCCGACCGCGUCGCCGAGCGGGACGCGCUCGCCCUGCUCGCGCCCGUGUCGCGCGCGCUCGCGGAGGCCAACGCCGCGCGGCCCUUCGACGCCGGCGAUCGGGGCGCGGCCGCGUAA